UGGAUUAUUUGUUGUUGUUUGAAUGAAAUCUACAAAAAAUAUAAUUUAUUCUUCGUUACAAUAAUUUCCUAAUGAAGAAUGAGUUGUACAAAAAUAAGGAAAGUUCAAGGGAAUGAUUGUUUCCAGCGUAUUAACUUUUUAUAUCAAAUCAGUAAACAAACAGCUGAAGUUAAUCCAGCGCUUUCAUCUUACUACGGAAACCUUAUUGUAAAUCUUGCUAAGAAGAAUGUAUUGAAAAUACAUCCAGAUAUUAAACGACAGAUUUGUAAAAAAUGCAAGUGUGCGCUAAACAAUAAAUCAAGCAAAGUGAAAUUAAACACAAAAAAUAAAUCAAAGUUUAUCCAGAAGAUAUGUAAUACUUGCGGAACAAGGAAGAAUUAUCCAGCAGAUAAAAAUAAAGAUCAUAGAGUAUGGUUAGAAAAGCCAGACGGUGUUGUAGAAGUUAUUAAAACAGUAUAGUAAAUAAUAAAUA